UCUACUUAUAACUAAUUCAUCUUUCCUUUAUUCAAACCUCAACCCAAAACUAAAAAUACAUAUAAAUUAUAUAAAAGAAGAAAAAAAAAAAAGAAAAAUGGCAGGAGUAUGGAUGUUCCAAAAUAAUGGGGUGAUAAGAUUGGUGGAGAACCCACAAGCAGAGCAACAAGUAGUGAUGAGGGGAAGAAAGAAGGUUCUAGUGUUCUUGGCAACAGGACAAGUUAUAACUUCCUACCAUAGCCUUGAAGAAAUUCUAAAAAGUCUUGGUUGGGAAAUAUACUUUGGAUCGGAUCCAGAACUUAACCAAUAUCAUAGGAAGAAUUCCAUUGAUUUGAUUUCACUUCCAAGGGAUUUUUCCAAGUUUAGUUCUGUAUACAUGUACGACAUUGUUGUUAAGAACCCUAAUCUCUUUCAAGUUCGCGAUAUGUAAUAAUAUCCAUGGAUCAUGGACGACCAUGGACCAUGGAUGGGCUACGUACCCCUCAAACUUUUAAAUUAAGUAGCUAGGGUUUGUAUUUGUACGUGUUUGCAUGUAAGUAAUAAUACAUAUUUUAAAUACAUUGCCUUCUCUUAUAUCUUGUAUUAUUACUACCUGUAUUUCAGUUAUUUUGUCU